UAAUAAAACCAAAAAUAGCCACCUCACAUGUCACUUUCGGAGUUCACCUCUCUCAUUACUCUUUCCAUCUCUCUUGUCCCUCCUUUACCCUUAAUAGCUUCCUUGACCCUUCAACCUUUCUUUCUUCCAGUAAUUUUUUACCUUUUUCAAUCUUCUUGAAACCAUAUAUGGAUUCACACGUUCCUUCUCUCAUAAACCAUCUAGUGUUUGGUUUGGUGACUUUCCUGAGAGUAAAAAGCCUUAUUAUUGUUAUUAUAUAUUCUGAACUAAUAUUCAAGGUAGAAUUUUGGGGUUAUAACAGUUGUUUCAAACCAUGCUGUGAAUAACCCAUGAUUUUUUAGUUUCCAACUUGGUUCUUGGUUUAUCAAAUUCAGAGUUUCUUGCUUCUAACAACAUUUUUGGUUGGUGUGUGCUAUGAAUUUGGCCAUAAGGCAUAUAACCAUGAUUAAAAAUUGCUUUGGUGCUUUGAAUUGGUGUAGAGGGAGGGAUGAUAGUGAUACUGCUGAGAAGCCACAGGAACAAGUCAUUGCAACCAAACAAUUUACCUAUAACUCGUUGCGAUCGGCAACCAGAGAUUUUCACCCUUCAAGCAAACUUGGUGGAGGAGGUUAUGGAGUUGUCCACAAGGGAGUUUUAAGAGAUGGUACUCCAGUCGCUAUCAAGUCUCUUUCUGUUGAGUCUAAACAAGGAACCCGUGAAUUUAUGACUGAAAUUGAUAUGAUAUCGAAUAUACGGCAUCCAAAUCUUGUCGGACUAGUUGGCUGCUGUGUCGAGGGUAGUCAUCGAAUAUUGGUGUAUGAAUUUCUGGAGAACAAUAGCCUUGCAAGUUCUUUGCUUGGUUCUAAAAGUAAAUAUGUUGCUCUGGAUUGGCCGAAGAGGGCUGCUAUUUGCCGCGGUACAGCUUCUGGUUUGGUGUUCCUCCAUGAUGAGGCUCAGCCAAACAUUGUUCAUAGAGAUAUCAAGGCCAGCAACAUCCUUCUGGAUGAGAACUUCAGCCCGAAAAUUGGAGAUUUUGGUCUUGCGAAACUUUUUCCUGAUAAUGUCACCCAUGUUAGCACUCGAGUUGCAGGAACGGUGGGAUAUCUGGCACCGGAAUAUGCACUUCUAGGACAGCUUACAAAGAAAGCAGAUGUAUAUAGUUUUGGGGUUCUCAUGCUUGAAAUAAUCAGUGGUAAAAGUAGUAGCCAAGCUGCAUUUGGAGACAAUCUCUUGGUUCUGGUGGAGUGGGCUUGGAAGCUCAAGGAGGAAAAUAGGCUUCUGGACAUGGUCGAUCCGGAACUAGCCGAAUUCGAUGAGAUGGAGGUUUUCCGGUUCAUUAAGGUUGCUCUAUUUUGCACUCAGGCUGCCGCUCAGAAUCGGCCUAACAUGAAGCAAGUGAUGGAAAUGCUCUCAAAGGAAGUUCAUAUUAACGAGAAGGCGUUGACUGAGCCUGGAAUAUACAGAUGGCAUAGCUCUGGUAAGAUGGGUGGUUCUUUGAAUGAGACACCAUCUUCUCAACUAUUCAAGAACAAAAAAACCGGAAUGCCGCAUGAAAACUCAACGAACUUUAGCGGAAACGACGUCGUGACAGAGAUGCUCCCCAGAUAAUUGUUACAUAGAUUGAGUAUGAUAGGUAAUAUAUGCUGAUAUGGAUGCUAGAUGUUCAUAUUUCUGGUAUCUUUGAUGGCUAUGAUAUUUUGAAUUUGGGUUUUCUAAUUUCUUUUUUCUAGUAUAAGGUGCACCUCAAAGAUUAGAGAAAAGUAUAAAUAGGUCUUUAAAUUUUUUAUCGGUAGACAUUUAAGCUAUUGAGGAUUUGAAAAUAUAUUUAAAUUGAUGAGCUUUUUAAAAUUUGGACAUAUCGAUCCCUCAUA